AUGGCGCGAGGAAAUUUAUGGAAAUCUCGCUCGAAAUCUGCCACAACUGUAGUGCCAAUAGACACGGAGCUCUCUGAAAGGUUUGGGCUCUUCCACUUGAAUCCAAUUCCUGUACUUCCAAAGAAUGGAGAGUCGCCUUAUAGAAUUGAUAUCGUGGCACUGCAUGGCAUAAAAGGCGAUGCAUUCAGAACAUGGACUGAGAAGAACGAAGAUGGUGUCAAAAACCUGUGGUUAAGGGAUCAGUUGCCCAAUGAGUUACCAGGUGCCAGAAUAUUCACAUUUGGGUAUGAUGCGAAUGUACUGUUUAGUCGAGGGACGGGUACGAUAGAAGAUUUCGCUACAGCUCUGUUGGAGGAUUUGUUGAGGGAGAGAAGCAAUGAUAAACAUCGAAAGCGUCGAAUCAUUUUCAUAUGUCAUAGUAUGGGAGGUAUCGUUGUGAAGAAGGCGCUCAUCAGAGCCUUCAACAUCAAGCUUUACAGGAACAUAUUUGAGCUCACAUCCGCCAUUCUCUUCCUUGCCACUCCGCAUAUGGGCUCUGACGAAACUAAGCUACCUCUAUUGAUCUCGAAAUUUGCCAAUGGGCUUCUCGCCCUUCCAAUGAGAUUCAGUGGUCGUGUGAGAGAUGAAUUAAUUACGCCUCUUUCGCGAGGGUCGUCAGUCUUGAUAGAAACACAGGACGAAUUCAAGAGAUUGAAGCUAUAUGAUGGGAUUCGAGUUGCCAGUUUCCUAGAAAUGGAUAUCUGCUCGGGAUUAAAGGGGCUUGUGGUUGACGAAGAGAGUGCGCAGUUACACAUUCCAGAUGAGCGGGUGGUAAAAAUGCAUGGCUGUGACCAUCGAAAUAUCUGCAGAUUUAGUGGACCGGAAAGUAGUUCAUACAAGUCGGUCUGGGGUAUUCUGAAAGUAUAUGCGGAUGAAGCUAGCAGCUUGGUUGAAGAUGAUCUCACCCCUGAGGACGAAUCUGUAUUAUCCUCCAUAUACUACCCAGAAAUGGAGCAAAGACGUCGCAAUGCAAACAACGCCUACCCAGGUACCUGUACCUGGAUCUCCCAAGAUCCUUCCUAUCUUCGAUGGAAAGACACACAACGCAGUCUAAUGUGGAUCAAAGGCAAACCAGGUGCAGGAAAAUCCACACUUAUGGCAUAUAUACUGUCAAAUUUCCGCAAUCGCGAUUCUCGCCUUCUGGUACUGAAUUUCUUCUUCCACGGUCGUGGUGCCCCUCUCCAAAAGGGGCCCGAAGGAAUGUAUAGGCAAUUGUUGUACCAACUUUACUCUCAAGCGUCACCUAUCCGCGAGCAACUCCGAAAGUCCUUUGCCGAAAAGAACGCGUCGAGACAAAUAGAGAGUGUUUGUCUUUGGACUGAAGAGGAAUUGAAAACAUGGUUAUUCAAUUCAAUCGUUUGGAUUGCGCAAUCAAGGCCGGUUACGUUGUUUGUUGACGCACUUGAUGAAGCUGGCGACGACAAUGCGAGGAUACUGAUUGAUUAUUUUGAUGACAUGAAGAAGAGAGUGUCCCAAGAUGAAGAUGGUGGAUCCUUGAGAAUUUGCGUUUCUUGUCGGCACUAUCCCAAUGUCACCUUGAGUGAGGGCUUUGAAGUUCUCGUUGAGAAUGGUAACAGCCAAGAUAUCCGAGAUUAUGUUCAUGACGAAUUGAAUUCCAGAGUCUUGCUUUGGGACGGGGAUCCGGCCGCGAUCCAAGGUAGGAAGAAUAUGGAAAAGGCGAUUGUCAAGCAGUCAGAAGGAGUUUUUCAAUGGGUGAAGCUUGUCGUUCCAAAAGUCGCCUAUGAAUUGAACGAAGGAGCGAGCUUGAAUGACAUCCGUGUUAUGCUGGAGAAGGUACCAAAUGAUUUAGGACGUGUCUACAAAGAUAUUCUCGCUAAUGUCAUUAAAGCUAAAUAUCGAUCCAAGACAUUGUUGUUGAUGCAGUGGAUUUCACUAGCAUUCCGGCCCCUGAAUUUAAUCGAGCUUCGCUUUGCGUUGGCAUUGGAUGAACCGCUUCAACGUGGGCAAUUAAGUUGCCGAGAACGCGAAGAAUUUGUCGAAACCGAUGCUAGAAUGAAGAUUCUGACAAAAAGUCUGUCCGGUGGGCUUGUCGAAGUAGUUCUCUACACCUCCGGCCAGUACAUGGUACAAUUUAUCCACCAAACUGUGGUUGACUUCAUGAUCUCUGACGGUCUGAAGUUCCUGUUAGCUUCCGUGGAAGAAUCCAACCCUGGGAGGUUGUUGCAGCAUGCAAUGAAGCUUUCCGACGAUGAGAUCGUAGGAAGUCUUCAUGAUAGAUUGGCAAGGGCUUGCACAAAUUAUUUCAAAUCAGGAGAACUUACUCAGCAAGGAACAUAUGGAGAUUUGUCGCCCGAUGAAUUAGACGCACAAUACAAUACAUACGCUUUUGGAAUUUACGCUCAUGAGUCAUGGUUGAAACAUGCAGAGGCUGCUGAGAGACGGGGCAUAUUACAAGAUGGCAUUCUUCAGGAUAUUGAGACUUACGGUUUACUGAAAAGAUGGCUCAACUUCUCUCAUGCACCUCCUGAAUCAAACUAUUUCGGACAUGAUGCCCCGGACGAAGUGAGGUUACUGCACAUCUUCGCUGCCGUCAAUCUACAGGGCCCUAGUAAAACUCUUCUCGAAAGGGGCGUUUCCGCGAUGGCUUCUAACUCAUGGAAUACAACAGCGAUGCACUAUGCUGCCGCUAACGGACAUAUCGAAAUAGUUCGGAUACUCAUAGAAGCCGGCGCGAAUGCAUCUAUAAGCCAACCAGAUGAUGACUACAAUACCCCUCUGGAUCUGGCCGCUAGAAAAGGGCAUAAGGAAGUCUUGAAAUUUUUACUCGAAAAUGGCGCUGACAUAAAUGGAAACUCUGUAGGCGCCAAUGCAUUGCACACAGCUGCUAGGGCUGGAAUGAAAGAUAUGGUUCAAUUUUUGUUAAACGCUGGCGCACAAGUCAAUGCAACGAGUAGCAUCAAGGGAGAUGCUCUGCAGAGUGCGUCGAGCGAGGGCAGGGUUGAGGUUGUCAAACUUUUGCUAGAAAAUGGUGCCAUUUUUCAAGGACACGAAGACUCUCUGUAUGGUAAUCCACUUUCGGCUGCAGCUCAUAAGGGCAGCUUUGAACUUGUUGAUUUAUUCUUACAAAGAGGAAUUUCGAUCAACACCUCUGGAGGGCGCUACGGUAAUCCACUCCAAAGUGCAGUCAAUGCUCAGCAUAUUCAUCCAAAUAUCGAGUUCAUACGUUAUCUCCUCUCUAAGGGCGCUGAUGUCAAUGCCCAAGGCGGACAAGAUGGAUCUGCUUUGCAAGCCGCUGUCAACAGGCAUGGGCGGCCUCUCGAACCACAUAUGCUUGAAAUCAUACAUUUGUUACUAGAAAAAGGUGCAGAUGUGAACAUUUCGGGUGGAACAGCAGGAGGAGUGCUUCAGGCAGCAGCUGCUAGUGGUCAUGACAGACUAGUACAGCUGUUCAUUGAACACGGUGCUUCAAUCGAUUCUUCGGAUGGACUCUAUGGAAGUGCUCUCACAAAUGCUUGUUAUCAUGGACACAAAUCUACUGUGAGGCUUCUCCUUAGAGCCGGAGCCAAAAUGUAUUCGGAUGAGCUACCAGGGCUAAAUACUCCACUGGAAGCAGCCGCUGAGGGAGGUCAUACUGAAAUCGUCAAAAUCCUGCUCGACGCUGGAGCUGAUGUUAGUGAUGAAGGAGCAGACCGGAUUGCUCUCCAUUUUGCGGUUAAAGACAAGGUAAUAUUUGAACUCAUACACAAUCACGGGGCCAAUAUCAAUGCUUUGGGGGGGCGAUACGAAAAUGUUCUUCAGGCUGCUGCAAGAGAGGGAAACCUGGAAGUUAUGGCGAUAUGUCUAGAUCACGGUGUUGACAUCAACAAGACCGGCGGAGGAUUUGGCAAUGCUCUCCAGGCCGCCAUACUUAGCGGAAGCCAGGCUUUUACAUACUUAUUGAACCGAGGAGCAGACCCCUUUCUGAAAGGAGGUAAGUUUGGCACUACGCUCCAAACUGCUGCAUAUCAGGGAGCAGUAGAAAUAGUUAAAACACUACUAGAAUUGGGCCUCAGAGAUGAGGCCUGUGGUUUCUGGGGCAGUGCUUUGGAGGCUGCUGAGCACGGGAUAGGGAAUUCGGCGGACAAGAAGACCAUAGUUGAUUUGCUCGUUGAAAGAGGCGGUGGUAUUAGGUUACAGCCUCUCAACAGAAAGAGUUCUGCAAGUCGGGAACAAACAUAA